CAACAACGGUGUCUUCCUCCUCUACUUGUUCUUCAGUUCUUCUAGUAGUCUAACAUGUACGUCUUCUGUACGUAGUCUCAUCAUCAUCGAGGUCUCUUCCCAGCUUCUUUUUCUCUUCCUCCUCCUCCUCCUUCUCCUCCCCCUCCUCCUCAGCGUCUCUCACUUCAUCCAAAGCAACUAAGUUUCUUAGGGCAAGAAAGAAAGAGCCUGACGAAGACGGGGCAGCUCAAGUGGCUUGAACACCACCCCAACUGCUGGAGGAGGAACAACUGCACAAGAAGCAUCAGCAGCGCUCCAGGAGGAGAUCCAGGAGGAGAUCCAGCAGGCAGAUCAUCAUCAUCACCAUUAUCAUACCUAUGAGGUGGAGUCACUCAGGUGCUGGAAGUGCUCAAACAAAAUUGGAAAAGCCAUCCUGUUCCAAAGGAAAUUAAACGAUAAAAAAACGCCAUUGGAAAUGGUGAAAAACAUGUGAAGAAGCAGUUCCUAUCUCACUUCCUUCUGCCUCCUAUUUCUGUCGCCUUGAAUGGUGGAGGAGCCUCUAUUUUUAUCUGCAUUUCAGUGAGCACAAUACCCGGAGCCUGUGCAACAUACAUAUUAGGGAAUCGAACUCUCGGCCAGCUUUCAACAUCUCAUCAUCAUGUCGUUUCGAGUGGUUCGGCAAAGUAAAUUCCGGCACAUUUUCGGUUCCAAUUUAAAGCGAGAGCAAUGCUACGACAACAUUCGAGUCUCCAAAUCCUCUUGGGACUCUACGUUUUGCUGUGUCAAUCCCAAAUUCGUUGCGGUCAUCGUGGAAUCUGGAGGUGGUGGAGCCUUUCUCGUUUUUCCACUCUCAAAGAUUGGAAGAAUGACCCCUGAAGUUCCACUGGUAGCAGGCCAUAAGGGUCCCGUACUUGACAUUUCUUGGUGUCCACACAACGACAAUGUCAUUGCAAGUGCCUCCGAGGAUUGUACUGUUAAAGUGUGGCAAAUCCCAGAUGAAGGUGUUACAAGAACCAUGACCGACUCUAUCGUGAGCCUGGCCAAGCAUCAGAGAAGGGUUGGUUUGGUGUUGUGGCAUCCAUCAGCCCAAAAUAUUCUUCUUUCCGCGGGGUCAGACAACAACGUGGUUAUAUGGAACGUUGGAACUGGACAAGCACUAUUGUCAUUUGUCUUGCCAGACCUCGUUUACUCUGGUUGUUGGAAUUGGGACGGGUCUGAAGUGCUCUUCACAUGCAAAGAUCGAAAAAUUAGACGUGUCGACCCUAGAACUGGCGAGAUUGAGGAGGAGGCCGUUGCUCACGAGGGCAAUAAGGCCGCAAGGGCCAUCUAUUUGAAAAACGGCCUCGUGUUCACUACUGGCUUUACCAAGCAUAGCGAGAGGCAAUACUCCUUGCGAGCUCCAGGCCACUUAGAUGAUCCCAUCGUUAUGGUGGAGCUCGACACAUCUAAUGGAGUCAUGUUCCCUUUGUAUGAUCCAGAUGCAAAUUUGAUAUAUCUUUGUGGAAAGGGUGACAGUGUCAUUCGGUACUUUGAAAUUACUCCCGAGCCUCCAUUUGUGCAUUACAUCAACACGUUCCAAACACCUGACCCUCAACGGGGCAUUGGGAUGAUGAGCAAACGAGGAUGUGAUGUGUCUAUUUGCGAAAUCUCCAGAUUCUACCGGCUUAACAAUAAUGGGUUUUGUCAAGUGAUACCUUUCGUGGUGCCUCGAAAAUCUGAACUCUUCCAAGAAGAUCUUUAUCCCGAUACUCUAGCGGAUGUUCCAGCCAUUUCGGCCGAAGAAUGGUUUGACGGAACAAACGCUGACCCCAUUCUCGUUCCAGUUACAGAACAUGGUGUUCAGACUAAAAAGACUGAGACCAUUGCCGCUCCUCAACCGAACAUUUUGAACCGUUCAAAGGUGAUAGGAACAUCUGGCGGGAACGAGCCUCACUCAGCACAACCUGCGGCUGCGGUAGCUUCAUCAGCGCCGCAAGUCGAUGUGAAAAAACUCACCAUGGCCGUAAUGCAAGAGGUACACAAUCAGGUGGAAGAUUUAAUGGACAAACAGAAAGGCAAAAUUGACGAGCUUUCAGCAGAAAUAAGAAAACUCAAGGCUAUGAUUGUGAAGCAUGAAUCGCGGAUUCGAACGCUUGAAAACAGAAACAAGGAGCUCGAGGCUUCUUCCCAGAAUAACAAUGGAGGAUUGGACGACGAAAUGGAUCCGGAUGAGGUCUAGAAAUACUACGAUCCUCAAACCCCUACCCUUACCCUGGCCCCUCUAUCAGGACUAGAAUCAAAUGAAGUCCUUCAAGUUCAUUCGUAACGCCUAUUGAUGAUCUUACUGGCCAUCCAUUACUAACACACCUCAAAGCCCCAAAAGCACUCUCUGUCUGGAAGAAUUCAAACUUGUAUCCCAUGGCGGCGGGUUCUAUCUGCUGAGAGCCGGGAUCAUUGGUGCCAACUAGCUUCAAAAUAUGCCAAGACGAUCAAUGUUAGCUUUGUUUUGUCCUACAAUUAACCCCAAACGAAAUGGAUUAUCAAUAAACAGCCUUACCAUCA